CCAGCUAUUAUUUCUUUUGCUAAAAACUUGUACAUUCCUUCAGCAAUUGGCAAUGCUUUAUCAUCAUUUAUAGGUUGCUUAUCCGCGUUAAUGGCCCUACCAUGAGAUGAUGCUGAUGCUAAUUACACAUUAAUCCUCUAUCAUCAUUCUGUACUUGAAAUUUUUGUAUUGAAAUCUUUCAGUUUUUGUUUGCUUGGAACAUUGGGUUGGUGCUCAUAAUUUAUGGUUUACCCAAUUUCCCAUGUAAAAAAGGGUUAUAGAAAUCUAGAGUAUAUAUUCCCUCAUCCCAAAUCUAUGACAAACUCACCUGCCUAUUCACAUGUUCUUCACCAUUCAAAUCUAAUGCUUCAUCUGACAACCCUACUCAGAUCUUCUUUCUUUAUUACACUCACCAGCCUCUUGCUUUUCUAGCAAAGCCUGUGUAAAGGGUUCCUACCCUUUCUAGAUCAGCUUUUAGAUUAUAAAGGUCCCCUUGCAAAGCUCUUUGCUUCACACUCCCCCAUCUCACAAAAAGCAAACUAAAUGUCCCUCCCUUCUACUCAUCUUCCCCUAUUUUCUACUGAGGUCAUAGCAUAGGUACCUAGCCUGAGUUUCAAUUUCCAAUCUUUAAUUUUCUCCAUUUUUAUCGCAAGAAUGAAACUUGCCAUCUUAGUCAUUGUCUUCCUAUUCCUCUCAUGGGUAAAUUCCAAGGGCUGGGCUUCCAGUUCCAGUAGUAUGGACAAUUAUUAUGUUAGAGAUGCAUGUAGUGUGACUAGGUAUCAGGACCUCUGUAUCCACUCGCUAGCUUCAUUUUCACGAACAGCUAGGAGAAGUCCUAGCAAGUGGGCUCGGGCAGGGGUCUCAGUCACAAUAGGUGAGGCUAAAAACGCUAGUCAAUACCUGAUCAAAUUGAAGAAAUACAAAAUCAUGAGAGACAGCAGAAACAUGAUUGCCCUUUCAGAUUGCAUUGAGAACUUCCAGGAUACAAUUGACAAUCUUCACAAAUCACUUGGAGUACUCAGGAAACUUGAUGCCACCAACUUCGAAAAUCAAAUGGGCGAUGUAACUACAUGGAUGAGUGCUGCACUUACUGAUGAGGACACUUGCCUGGAUGGUUUUGAGGACCAAAACCCUCCUAAACAAGUUAUAAAAGUGCUUCAGAACAGAGUCACAAGAGUCGCCUACAUUACCAGCAACGCGCUGGCUCUUGUAAACAAACUUUCAUCUACUGGUUUGGGAAGCCUUACUUAUUAAUCCACAGUUAUUAAGAAUUUUUUUUUAGAAUUAAUUUAAUCCCAGAUUAUAAUAUUAUUGGAAUAAUCAAGCUAGCCUAAUAUCUUUAGGCUGUGUAUGUUCUGUUUUUAUGUGAAUACAUACAGCCUUUGCUGUAAUAUGUACUUAUUUAUCAUUCAAGUUUGAAAUUUUCUUGGGUUUAAUGCGAUUAGUAGCUAACUCUGUUACUAUGGUUGGGAUAGACCAAAAUGUUAUGAAUAUUCUUUUGUUUAUUAA